CCGCAGUUUUUUAUUUAGAUCUCGUGGCUCGAAGAAGUGAAAACGAAGAUUACUAGAAUGGAAAACCAGUAACCUCUGUGAAAAAAACAAAAACUGCUAGAACAGAACCUUUCUUCUCCGAUCGAAAAUUCCAAUUUCUCGAUGGAAGACGCUUACGCCAGAUCCGUAUCCGAGGUGUUGGAUUUUUUCGGAGUGGACCCUGUGAAAGGUCUUACUGAUUCUCAGGUGACACAACAUGCCAGAGUUUACGGAAAAAAUGUGCUGCCUCAAGAAAAAAGGACUCCCUUCUGGAAACUGGUGUUGAAACAGUUUGAUGAUUUGCUUGUGAAGAUAUUAAUUGCUGCAGCUGUUGUUUCUUUUGUUUUGGCUUUGAUAAAUGGAGAGACUGGAUUAACAGCUUUUCUGGAGCCUUCUGUGAUUCUGCUGAUAUUGGCUGCCAAUGCAGCAGUUGGUGUAAUUACAGAAACUAAUGCUGAAAAGGCUCUUGAGGAACUACGUGCCUACCAAGCAGAUAUUGCAACUGUCCUGAGAAAUGGUUGUUUCUCCAUUCUUCUAGCAACAGAGCUGGUGCCAGGGGAUAUUGUCGAAGUUAAUGUGGGAUGCAAGAUUCCAGCUGAUUUGAGAAUGAUUGAGAUGCUUACUGAUCAAUUACGGGUUGACCAAGCAAUUCUUACAGGGGAGAGCUUCUCUGUGCAAAAAGAACUUGAGUCUACCGUGUCGACAAAUGCUGUGUACCAAGACAAGACAAAUAUUCUUUUCUCGGGUACAGCAGUAGUUGCAGGUAGGGCAAGAGCUAUUGUAGUUGGAGUUGGUGCUAACACUGCCAUGGGCAGCAUACGUGACUCAAUGUUGCAAACAGAAGAUGAAGCGACACCAUUAAAGAAGAAGCUGGAUGAGUUUGGUACCUUUUUGGCUAAGGUUAUUGCAGGUAUUUGUGUCUUGGUAUGGAUUGUAAACAUUGGUCACUUCCGUGAUCCUUCUCAUGGCGGGUUCUUGCGUGGGGCAAUUCAUUACUUCAAGAUUGCAGUUGCUCUUGCAGUUGCAGCAAUUCCUGAAGGGCUUCCUGCUGUUGUUACAACGUGCUUGGCCCUUGGAACAAAGCGAAUGGCACGGUUGAAUGCUAUAGUUCGGUCUUUGCCAUCAGUGGAGACCUUAGGCUGCACCACUGUAAUUUGCAGUGACAAAACUGGAACUCUGACAACCAAUAUGAUGUCUGUUUCAAAGAUUUGUGUGGUGCAUUCUGUACCGCAAGGUCCUCUUAUUGCUGAAUAUGGUGUGAGUGGAACAACAUAUGCACCUGAAGGAGUUGUCUUUGAUAGCAGUGGGUUGCAGCUUGAUAUUCCUGCUCAAUUGCCUUGCCUUCUUCAUAUAGCUAUGUGUUCAGCUCUUUGCAAUGAGUCUAUCUUACAGUAUAAUCCAGACAAAGGAAACUAUGAAAGGAUUGGUGAGUCUACAGAGGUGGCUCUCCGUGUUCUGGCAGAGAAGGUUGGCCUUCCUGGUUUUGAUUCUAUGCCUUCUGCCCUUAACAUGCUUAGUAAGCAUGAGCGCGCAUCAUACUGUAAUCAUUACUGGGAGAACCAAUUUAAAAAGGUCUCUGUUUUGGAAUUUUCCCGUGAUCGCAAAAUGAUGAGUGUUCUUUGUAGUCAUAAGCAGAUGGAUAUUAUGUUCUCAAAAGGUGCUCCAGAAAGUGUCAUUUCUAGAUGUACAAAUAUCCUCUGUAAUGACAAUGGCAGCACUGUUCCAAUGACUGCUAAUAUCCGAGCUGAGCUGGAGUUGAGGUUUGACAGUCUUGCAGGAAAAGAAACUUUGAGAUGCUUGGCUCUAGCCUGUAAACAGAUGCCCAGUGGUCAACAAAGUCUCUCCUAUGAUAAUGAGAACAACCUUACAUUUAUUGGGUUGGUUGGAAUGCUAGAUCCACCAAGAGAAGAAGUGAAAAAGGCUAUGCUUUCAUGCAUGACUGCUGGUAUUCGUGUUAUAGUGGUCACUGGGGAUAACAAGUCCACAGCUGAAUCGAUUUGUCGCAAGAUAGGCGCUUUUGAUCACUUGGCAGAUUUUGUUGGUCACUCCUAUACCGCUUCUGAGUUUGAAGAACUUCCAUCAAUGCAACAAACUGUGGCAUUGCAACGAAUGGCACUUUUCACCAGGGUUGAACCUUCUCAUAAACGAAUGCUGGUUGAGGCCUUACAGAACCAGAAUGAAGUGGUUGCAAUGACUGGUGAUGGUGUGAAUGAUGCACCUGCUAUAAAGAAGGCAGACAUAGGAAUUGCCAUGGGAUCUGGAACAGCAGUUGCAAAGAGUGCUUCAGAUAUGGUUUUAGCUGAUGACAACUUUGCUACAAUUGUUGCAGCUGUUGCAGAAGGAAGGGCUAUAUAUAAUAACACGAAGCAGUUCAUCAGAUACAUGAUUUCUUCUAAUAUUGGUGAAGUAGUUUGUAUCUUUGUUGCAGCUGUGCUUGGUAUACCCGAUACCCUUGCCCCUGUCCAGCUGCUAUGGGUCAACUUGGUAACUGAUGGUUUGCCUGCCACAGCAAUUGGUUUUAAUAAGCAAGACUCUGAUGUCAUGAAGGCUAAACCUCGUAAGGCUAGUGAAGCUGUGGUCACCGGAUGGUUGUUCUUUCGUUAUUUGGUAAUUGGAGCUUAUGUUGGACUUGCUACUGUUGUGGGGUUCAUAUGGUGGUUUAUUUAUUCUGAUAGUGGUCCGAAGCUACCAUACAGUGAACUGAUGAAUUUUGAUUCUUGUUCAACAAGGGAAACAACUUACCCAUGCAGUAUAUUUGAGGAUCGCCAUCCCUCAACUGUGUCAAUGACAGUGCUUGUUGUUGUUGAGAUGUUUAAUGCUCUGAAUAACCUCAGUGAAAAUCAAUCUCUGUUGGUCAUCCCUCCUUGGAGUAAUUUAUGGCUUGUUGCUUCAAUUAUUUUGACAAUGCUUCUUCACAUACUAAUUUUGUAUGUUGGGCCACUAUCUAUUCUUUUCUCUGUCACACCAUUAUCUUGGGCCGAAUGGAGAGUUGUUUUAUAUCUCUCGUUUCCUGUUAUUAUUAUCGAUGAGGUUCUAAAGUUAUUCUCAAGAAAAUCCCAUGGCUUUAGAUUCAGGUUUAGAUUUAGGAGGAAUGAUAUACUUCCGAAAAAGGACUUGCAUGACAAGUAAAAGAAGUUCUUAUAUGGUAAAAAAUUUAUCAAAACAUCCCCGUUAUACAGUAGUAGAUGUAUGGUAGGUUAAUAGAUUAAAAUCAUCGCCGAUCGUUGUGAAGAUGGAGAUUUUAAGGAGCCAUCCUGUGGAAGUUUUGAUUAUACUAACUUUGCUUUAAGCAAUCUUAUCUUAUGGGGCUGUUCUGAUUGAGGGAAAAUCUGGAGGUUUUUGGCUAAUCAAUCAUCCAUUUGCUGUAUGGUGAGUUCAUAUGUUUGUUUAAGGGGUAAAAGAUCUGUGGUCUCAAAUUCUUUGUAACUUCAGAAGUGGUCGAAUCAUUUAUGGUCCAACCACGUUAUUUUGUUCAUAAAGAAGUAACUUGCAGUAAUUAGGAAAAAGAAACCCAGUGGCUAUAGAUUGGUUUUUGACUCAGAAGUUCCUUUGAAAGACCGAGACAAAGCAAUUCAGUAAAUGUCUGCAAUUAUCUUCCAUUACAGGUAAGCUGCUUACUGAAGAACCUCUGAAUCAGCUCUUAUAUAUAUCUUUAAAUUUCUUAUUUCAUUGUUGUGUUCAUGCUGUUAAAACUUUCCUGGGCAUUGGCAAUACAAUUUUCUGUACUAGUAGAUUAUUUAUUGUCUAGUGGCAGAAAUGUCCAAUUUUAUUAUAUUUUGUAAGGAGAAUACUAGGUAUUAAUUUCCCCUAACAUUUAUUUAGAAGAUUCUUGAGUUGAUAGCA